GAGACGGUGUCAAGUAACGGUGUUAGCACCGACGAGGAAGGAGAUGAUAUAAAAUACUAUACACCAACAACAUAAAUUACACAGUAUUCAUCACCAUCAUUCUCAGAAGUCACAAACAAACACAUACACAAGAGAGAGAGAGAGAGACGGAGCAGUUACAAGUUUCUCUCGCCUGUCACGAGAACAAUGGAUAUCUGCAUGGAUAAAGAGCCAGAUGGUGUGGUGGUCUAUGCCAAUAGUGAUUCUUGUGAUCCAAACCAAGAAAAUGUUUAUGUACUGCCUCCCUUAGUUUCAGUAUCACGCGACGAAGCCAAUGGAAAUACAGAGCUUCUAUUUACAGAAGAUAACACUGAAGUAAAAGAAUAUGAUGUUAAAGAGUGUACUAAUGAAGUUCCAGUUGUUAAGCCAUUGGAAGAUAGCAAAUGUACUCUUUGCUACAACAUUGCAUCAUUAAAGCAUAUGGAAGAAAAAGAAAAAAAACAGAUUUGGAAUCGUGUGGACUUUUUUGUACCGUUGCAAAGCCAAGAGGAGGAGCCAUCGGUGAUGGAUAUAUCGAAACGAGAGGGAUGCCAAGUGCCUUUGACGAAUAUCGGAUCGGUGGUGCCGGAGAGUUCGAGUCUGAGACACGUGUGCUUCGUUCUCUCCGAUUCGACCAUCGCCCUCCUUUUUUUUUUUGGCUGGUCAAUCUAACCAUCGAGGCGACGACGAUGAUUUCAGUCAAAAACCUUUUUUUUUGCUUAUGUGGAUGCUGAGUCAGCACCACUGCAUACGUGGAUGCUGAUUCAUGAUUCAUCCUCUGUGUUUAAAAUCCAACUUGUUAACCUGAACGGUUUUACAUUUGGAUAAUAAUAAUAAUAAUAAUAAUAGUAGUAGUAGUAAUU